CUCUCAAAACCACACAAGAGAGAGAAAUCAAAACGAGAACAACAAGAAGAACAAAAACACAAGCACAAAAGUUACAGACACGUUAAACGAUUUAACUCAACUCAAAGCUUAAACAAAAAAAAAUGGCAGCGGUGGGUUACUUGGACGAGGAGGAAGUCUGGAAAUGUCAAAAACACCCUUCUAAACGUCACCGUUCUGGAGUCUGUCCGACCUGUCUCCAUGACCGUCUCUCUUCUCUCUGUCCUGACUGCGCUAACGUCCGUCCCUGUGCUUGCAGCGCUGCCACCACGUCGUCAUCGUCGUCUUCUUCAUCGUCCUUUUCUCGGUUUUCAGUAUCUGGAGGUGAGAAUUUUUCUGCCGGGAUUGGAACCGUCGGCCGUGUCAGCAAUUUGAUUGAGAGUGAACCAGCGUUUCGGAGAUCAAGAUCCGUGGCGGCGCCCUUUCUCCGGUCAAAGUCAAAGUACGUUGAAAAUUUAGAUUUCAUGGGAAAUGGAGUUAAUAAUAACGAAAGUAGAAGCAAGACGCCAACGUUGUCGUUUUGGUGGUGGUUGAAGGGAGGGAAUAAAAAUAGUAAAAGCAAGAGAGGUGGAGACGUGGAAGAAGAGAGAAGCGUGAUGAUGAAGAAAUCGAGAUCGGUGGCUGUUAGCACGACGUCGGAUUAUGGGAAGUCGAAAGGGGCAAAAUGGUACUUUCCCAGCCCGAUUAAAGCUUUCAGACAAUCAAGGCUGUCUAAGGUGGUGGUGCAAGAACGCUCGCCUAUGUACAGAGGUUGAUUGCUCUUUUUUUUUAUUUUUUAUUUUUUUUUUCAAUUUUGUAGAGAAAUAAAUAUAUCUCAUAUUAAAAAGAAAUUAACUAAUAAAUUUUUUUUAUUAUUUAUAUAAUAAUCUGAGUGACACCAUGAUUGGAUCUUGUAUUUGCUA